AUGGAUGCUGAGUAUGUCUUAUGCAAUUGGCAAGACCAGUUAUGGCCAGCAAAAGUUUUGUCCAGAUCUGAGGCUUCAUCAAAUAGUAAGAGAAAAAAGGUAUUUUCCCUGGAAGUUCAAAUACUCUCACUGGAUGAAAAAAUUCAAAUGGAAAGCACAGAAACAAAGAUCCUAACUAAAUCUCAAGUUGAAGCUAUUGUUUCCUCACUAGCCGCACAGUCAGAGGUCAGUGACCCACCUGGAGAGGAAACAGCCUAUGCCAGGUCACUAAAAAUGGCACUGGAUAUUCUGAAUGAGAGAACAAAUUUGAUUCAAGCAAGCAGUUCAGAUGAUGAAGAGACCACUAUACUGUCUCAAAACAUACCACAAAAGCCAUCUGAUUCACCCCCUCAUAAAAAGUAUCGGAAGCACGAAGGAGAAGGAGACUUACCAAAGUGUCUGGAGGAAAAUGAAAAUUCAACAACCCUGUUAGUAUCAUCAGAGAGUGAUGAUUUUCUGUAUGAUGAUAAAUCACAGGUGCGUGCAAUGAUUGCUAGUAUUCCAAAUGAAAUGGAAACAAAAUCAUCACAAAACCUCAGCUGGUGCCAGAGUUUCCCUUCACUUUCAGAAGAUGAGGAUGAAAAAGAGAGCAAGAAAAAGAUUGACCUCUCAAUUUUGCCUUUACUUUCCACAAUUAAAGAGGAAGAUGUAUAUGUUAAAGAAGAAAAAUUCAGUCCAACUUUACCGUCAGAUAGUUUCAUUGUGCCCAAAGCUUUAAAAGAGGAGCCAGAAAACAUCUACCCAGAGGCCCUGGCCGCAUCCUCUGAAUGCUCUGCCUUCUCAGAGAAUAUUGAAGAUCCUGGAGAGGGUCCCUCUGAUCCAUGCUCAGUUAGCAGCCAGAAUCAACCUACUGUGGAAUCAGAGACACCUCAGCCUUCUUCAUGGGAACAUCAGGUUUCAUUUAGUGCCUCUAGCCAUUCCGGGGAUUAUUCACUCCUCGGGAGUAAUGAAAGAAAUCUUCAGAGACUGGAUUUUGAGGAAUUUGAGGAAGAAUUUCAAGCUUCUGACAAGUCAGCACGCGUAAGUUCGAUUGCUGCAUCCAUAUUAGAUGAUGAUGAAGAAGAUGAAGAACUUCCACGUUUCCUUUUUCAUUAUGAGCAACGUUCAUUUGAAACAGGGAUGAUUGUCUGGUUUAAGUAUCAAAAAUAUCCAUUUUGGCCAUCAGUGAUAAAAAGCAUCAGGCGAAAAGAGAGAAAAGCAAGUGUGAUUUUUGUUGAGGCAAAUAUGAAUCCUGAAAAGAGAGGAGUUAGAGUGCCUUUUAGAAGAUUAAAGAAAUUUGACUGUAAAGAGAAGCAGGCACUAGUGGAGAAAGCCAGGGAGGAAUACAGUGAAAGUAUUGACUGGUGCAUCUCGCUUAUUUGUGACUACAGAGUUAGAUUAGGUUGUGGUUCUUUUGCAGGCUCAUUUUUUGAGUAUUACGCUGCUGACAUUAGUUAUCCAGUUAGGAAAAUAAUCAAACAGGAUACCUUCAGGAAUUUAUUUCCAAAGCUGCAAAAUGAAAAUACUGGGGGAUCAAUGUCUGUGACUUCCCAGACCAAGAAAAUGUCCUUCCAGAAAAUUCUUCCAGACCGAAUGAAGUCUGCUCGGGACCGAGCCAACAAGAACCUAGUGGACUUCAUCGUGAAUGCAAAGGGAACAGAGAGCCAUCUCUUAGCCAUUUUAAAUGGCACGAAAGGGUCCAGGUGGCUGAAAUCAUUCUUGAAUGCAAAUAGAUUCACACCCUGUAUUGAAACAUACUUUGAAGAUGAAGAUCAGUUGGACGAGGUUGUGAAAUAUUUACAAGAAGUCUACAAACAAAUAGAUGAAAAAAUGCUGACUCGGAUAAGAGAUGAUAAAAUUAAAUUUAUCCUGGAAGUUCUUCUGCCAGAAGCAAUCAUCUGUUCAAUUUCUGCUGUUGAUGGAUUAGAUUACAAGGCAGCAGAAGCAAAGUAUCUGAAGGGGCCAUCUCUAGGAUACAGGGAAAGAGAAUUAUUUGAUUCAAAAAUCCUGUUUGAAAAGAGGCGGAAACCGUUAACAAAGGAAGAUCAUUAA